AUGGAAUGUAUUGCAUAUGUUUUUUUCUAUACAGAGGUUGGUAUGCGUGGCUUGUAUCGAGGUGUAGGUUUAGCAUAUAUUUUUGAAAUGAAAAAAAAUAACUAUCUGUUGUGUCUGAUUGAAUGUCAAACACUCAUUGGCAUUCUGCCAUAUGCUGGAUUGAAGUUUUACAUUUAUGAGAAGCUGAAAAGACAUGUUUUUGAAGAGCAUCAGAGAUCAAUCAUGAUGCGUUUGUGUUGUGGUGCUUUGGCUGGUUUAUUUGGCCAAACUUUCACAUACCCUUUAGAUGUUGUUAGAAGGCAGAUGCAGGUUGAGAAUAUGCAAACCUUUGGGGGUGGUAGUGGUGCUAGACAUAAGGGGAUCACCACUAUUGUCUCUGAACAAGGAUGGAGGCAAUUAUUUGCUGGCCUCAGCAUAAAUUACAUCAAGAUUGUUCCUUUGGUUUCAAUUGGUUUCACAACAUUUGACAUGAUGAAGUCAUUGCUUCGUAUACCUCCUCGACAAAAAAAACGCAAUCGAUCUCUGCUGCAUAAAUUUACAAACACAUUUUAUGCAAAAUGGCAGUUAUUGAAAGGCAAAAAUUAAUAUUUUAAUUAGAAGCCUAUACUUAAGCUUUUAAAGUUCCAUUAGAAGAUAUAUGUUGAAAGCUUUGAAAGAAAGAGAAAGAAAUAGAGACUACUAGUUGAUUGAUUAUGUGAUGAAGGCUCCUUCAGGAGUUGACUCAAAGUGUAGAAUGUUUGUUCUUACAAUCUAUGUUUAAGGAUAUUAUUCCCACUUGUAAAUAGUUUGUAUGGAUGAAAUGACACAAAAUUAGACUUCAAAAUCAAAAAGGU